UUCGUAAAUUAGUGACUCAUUCAAGGGAGUCAUUUAUAUGAUUUAGUUUAUAUAUUUAUACUUUCGAUCAAGUUAACAGCUAUUUUUCUUCCUAUUUAAAAAAACCCAAUUAUUUAUGCAUUGAUUCAUUAAUUAGUUUGUGUUGUAAUACAGGGUGCACUGUAGGCGGAUUGUUUUUAGAUUGAUGCUUACUUUUCUGCUUUACUUCUAAACGGAAUCAGGCAUGAUUCCAUAUGUUCAGUUGGAAUGUGCUUUUAGUUAGAAGUACUUUUUCCAAAAACAUUCCAAUGUGAUUUCCAUUGGAGAUGUGUUCAGUUUGUCUGCUUCAGAGCUAAAACUGAUGUUCACUGUUUGGACUCUAAGGGACGCUGUUGGUCAGUCCAACAUUUUAUGUGUGUCGUCAUUCAGCCCUCCCCUGGCUGACUGACUAUACAGUGAAGAAGGCUCUGUGUGUUUUGUCGAGGUUUAGGGCUCGUAAGAGAGAGUAUGGUUUCAUAAACUUGCAUGUAAAGGUUGAAGAACUGUUUUAGUGACCAGGACACGGAUAUUUUAGAAAAACUUUACCAUCAUAUCAACUGGACAUAAAUCAUCUUUUUUUAAUUCAUUGUUGCCAUGAUGGCAAUUCGAGGAUCUCUCACCCACACACCCGCAAGAUGGCGAUUGUUUUAUGGAUUUCGAAGGCAAAUAGGACUGCUUAUGCUUCUUCUUUAUGCGGUGAACAUGGUAGGUGGUCAGAUUCGUUAUUCUAUCCCAGAGGAGAUGAAGAAAGGCUCUGUUAUCGGUAAUGUAGCGCAAGAUCUUGGUUUGGACCUGAGGAGGCUCCGUUCUGGGCGGGCCCGUAUCGUGACCGGAGAAAACAUCCACUACACCGAGCUGAAGGCAGACAAAGGGAUUCUAGUCGUGAACGAGAGAAUAGACCGAGAGCAGCUUUGUGGAGACGUAACUCCGUGUAGCUUCAGCUUUGAGGUGAUUUUAGAAAACCCGAUGGAAUUGCACAGAGUAACUGUUGAGGUUUUGGAUAUAAAUGAUCAUGCUCCCGUCUUCCCAAAUAAAGAUAAACCUAUCAGCCUUGAAAUCAGUGAAUCAGCUGUAGUCGGAGUGCAGUUUGCACUGCAGAGUGCAGAGGAUCUAGAUGUGGGGCAAAACGCGUUGCAAGAUUAUAUUUUAUCACCAAAUGACAAUUUCAUCUUGAAGCAACAUGCUAAUCCAGAUGGAGGUAAAUAUGUUGAAAUGGUUCUCCAGAAGCCUUUAGACAGAGAGCGACAUCCCCAUCUGUCUUUGAAAUUAAUCGCAGUUGACGGAGGAACACCACAGAGAUCUGGUACAGUAAAUAUAGAUGUCACUGUGUUAGAUGCUAACGAUAAUGCCCCAGUAUUUAACCAAUCAGUGUAUAAAGCGUCUGUGAUGGAAAACACAUUGAAAGGCACAAACAUUAUUACAGUAAAUGCCACCGACGCCGACAGUGGUUCAUAUGGAAUGAUUACUUAUAGUUUGUUUAAAAUGAAAGGAAGUACAGGGAAUAUAUUCAGUAUUGAUGAACACACCGGCACGGUUUCUGUAUCUGGUCAAAUAGAUUAUGAAAAAGACAGAAAAUACGAGGUGAGAGUCGAAGCAAAGGAUCAGGGCGGUCUCACCGGGACAAGUAAAAUUAUAUUAGAUGUGGUUGAUGUCAAUGACAAUGCUCCAGUUAUAAAUAUUAUGUCAUUUUCCAGCCCCCUGUCUGAGGAUUCAAGUCCUGGUACGACGAUCGCUAUUUUAAACAUUAAAGACGCAGAUUCUGAGAGUAAUGGCCAAAUUAAAUGUUCUAUAGAUGGAAAACUUCCCUUUAAGAUCGAAUCAUCUCUAACAAACUAUUACAAUUUGAUCUCAGAUCAAUAUUUUGAUAGAGAAGCAGUCUCUGAAUAUAAUAUAACAAUAACAGCCACUGAUUUGGGGUCUCCUCCUCUUUCUAGCUCGACAAAAUUACACCUUAAAAUAUCUGACAUUAAUGACAACGCACCAGUGUUCAAGAAAAACAGCUUCUCUGCUUACGUCACAGAGAAUAAUUCUCCUGGUAUCUCCAUAUUUGCUGUCAGCGCGCGGGAUUCUGAUUCCAAUCAAAACGCCAGAAUCUCUUAUCUUUUAGAGGACACUCAAGUCAAUGGUAGUCCGGUUUCUACUUAUGUGUCUUUAAACUCGGAGACUGGAGUUCUUAGUGCAGUUCGUUCCUUUGAUUAUGAGCAAAUUAAACAGCUGCAGCUGAUCGUCAAAGCUCAGGAUGGAGGCUCCCCUCCACUCAGUAGCAACGUGACUGUGAAACUAAUGAUCCAGGACCAGAACGACAACCCUCCUCAGGUCCUGUACCCAGUCCAGACUGGAGGCUCUCUGGUGGCUGAAAUGGUGCCUCGUUCAGCAGAUGUGGGCUAUCUGGUGACUAAAGUGGUGGCUGUUGAUGUGGACUCUGGACAGAAUGCCUGGCUCUCCUAUAAACUGCAGAAAGCCACAGACAGGGCGCUGUUUGAAGUGGGCUUACAGAAUGGAGAAAUAAGAACUAUCCGCCAAGUGACUGAUAAAGAUGCUGUGAAACAAAGACUGAGUGUUAUAGUGGAGGACAACGGGCAGCCCUCUCGUUCAGCUACAGUCAUUGUUAACGUGGCGGUGGCGGACAGCUUCCCUGAAGUGCUGUCUGAGUUCACUGACUUUACACACGACAAGGAGUACAAUGACAACCUGACUUUUUACUUAGUGUUGGCUUUGGCUGUAGUUUCCUUCCUCUUCAUCACGUGUUUAGUGGUUAUUAUCUCAGUGAAAAUCUACAGAUGGAGACAGUCUCGCAUCCUGUAUCACUCCAGCCUGCCUGUGAUUCCAUAUUAUCCACCACGUUACUCAGACACUUUGGGGACAGGGACUCUCCAACACGUGUACAAUUACGAGGUGUGCAGGACGACUGACUCCAGAAAGAGUGACUGUAAGUUCGGCAGAGCCGGUAGUCAGAACGUGCUGAUAAUGGACCCCAGUUCUACAGGGACGAUGCAGCGGAUACAGAGUGAGAAGAGCAUCCUGGAUGAACCAGACUCUCCUCUGGAGGUUAGUUAA